AUGCCUGAAUCAACAUACAGUAAUGUUAUUUUGACAUUAGGAAAUGUUUUAUUACCAAGCGAAAAAUUAUAUCCAAAUCCCACUCCUUCGAUGCAAGAAGGUUUAUCGUGGGAUAUUGAAUAUGAUUUACGUUUAUUAGGCUGUGAAUUAAUUCAAACAGCUGGACUUUUAUUAAAAUUACCGCAGACUGCCGUAGCUACUGGUCAAGUAUUAUUUCAUCGUUACUUUUAUUCGUCGUCAUUCAUAAAACGUCCUAUGGAAAUUGUUGCUAUGGCAUGUACAAAUCUUGCUGCGAAAAUUGAGGAAAACGCAAGACGUAUACGUGAUGUUAUCAAUGUAUUCCAUCAUAUAAAACAAGUUCGAGCUGGAAAAACAAUUCGACCAUUAUUGAUAGAUCAAAAUUAUAUUGAUAAGAAAUUAGACGUAAUCAAGGCAGAAAGGCGAAUUUUGAAAGAACUUGGAUUCUGUGUUUAUGUUAAGCAUCCUCAUAAAAUGAUAACAAUGUAUCUGAAAGUUCUCGAAAAGGAACGUGAAAAACAUUUUGUUCAAAGAGCUUGGAAUUAUAUGAAUGAUAGUUUAAGAACGGAUAUUUUUUUACGAUUUACACCAGAAUCUAUAGCCUGUGCAUGUAUUGAUUUGGCCGCAAGAAACCUUCAAAUUCCAUUGCCGAAAAGUCCACCUUGGUUUGUUAUAUUUGGUGCAAAAGAAGAAGAAAUACGUUAUAUAAUGAUUGCAAUACUCAGAUUAUACAAACAUCGACCGAAACCAAUUGAUGAAUUAGAAAAAAUUGUCACUAGUUUACGUGAUAAAAUUCAAGAUGAACGAAAAAAAUUACGUGAAACACAUCUGAAUGAACAGAUAAUUAAACAACAACAAAUUAUUGAUUCUACAAGUGCCUCUAUGUCCACAACAGUGAUUACAAUGCAAAAUACAAGUUUACAAGAUGAUGCAUCUAUAAUAAAAACUACUCAUACAGAAACAAUAUUAACAACAACAAAAACUUCUAAUGGUGGUAAAAUAGAGAAUAUAUCCAAAGAAAAAUCACAUCGUGGUGCCGAUGAAGAUAGUUCAAGAGAAUCAACAAUGAAUGAUCGUCACAGAAGCAGUAGUCGAAGUAGUAGAAAACGUUCGUCAAGAUCUUCUCCGUCGCCUCUUCCACAAAAGAAAAGAAAAUAUCGAAGUCCAUCAAAAUCUAGAUCGCCAUCACCAUCUGCUAGUCGUAAAAGAAAACAUGGAAGAAAGAAAGAGAAAAAACGACGAUCACGUACAUUAACACCAUCGCCAGAUAAUAAUUAUUAUUCAAAUAAUCAAGAUAAACGUCAUAAAUCACAUCGUACAGUAUCUGUUUUAACCACAAAAAAUAAAACUAAUAGUAAACAUCAUUACCAUCAUCGACAUCAAUCACCGAAAGAAAAACAAACAAAUGAUUUUAAAUAUAAUAAUUUAAAAAUGUUAAAACAUGUUUUAACAGUAAAAAUAAAUAAAAUGUUAUUGGUAAAUGAUAGAAUUGAUUCAAAUGAAUUAAAUGAUAUUGAAAAUAAAUUAAACGAUUUAUUAUAUGAGGUAAAAAAAUUACAAAUAAAAUGGAAUGAUUAUAAUGAUGAUAUUAGAAAAAUAUUCAACAAUAAAUCAUUAACAACACUAUUUAUUGAACAAUUACUAUUAUGGGAUUAUAAUCCGAUACAUGAGAAGAAAAAUAAUUCAUCAGAUAUAUUAAACAAUAUGUUACAUUUUGAUAGUGAUCUGUAA